CACCGGCUCGCCACGGCACCGCUCGCAGCCGGAGCUAUGACCUUAACGAAAGCGAGUUUCCACGGGGCUCUUCUGCCCACCUCUGGACUGGCCAAGGCUGACACGGAUGGCACCAGAGAGAAGAAGGAAGCUCUGAGGCAGUCAGUGAUGAGGACUGGAGCAGUGGUGCCAAGGAGGCGAGCGGUGGGAAGGCUGAUUAUGCACAGCAUGGCCAUGUUCGGCCGGGAGUUCUGCUAUGCCGUGGAGGCCGCCUUUGUCACGCCAGUGCUGCUCAGUGUAGGGCUGCCCAAGAACCUCUACAGCCUCGUGUGGCUCAUCAGCCCUAUCCUGGGCUUUGUGCUGCAGCCCGUGGUAGGUUCAGCCAGUGAUCACUGCACCUGUAGCUGGGGCAGGAGGCGACCUUACAUUCUGAGUCUGGGCAUCAUAAUGCUGUUAGGCAUGGCUUUGUACCUCAAUGGGGACGUGAUGAUCUCAGCUUUCAUCGGUGAGAGAGAAAAGCAGCGGACGUGGGCAAUAGUCAUUACCAUGCUGGGAGUAGUACUUUUUGAUUUUGCAGCUGAUUUUGUUGAUGGUCCUAUCAAAGCAUAUUUAUUUGAUGUCUGCUCUCAUCAGGAUAAAGAGAAGGGUCUGCAUUACCACGCCCUCUUUACAGGUUUGGGAGGAUCCCUGGGUUACCUUACAGGUGCUAUGGAUUGGGGUCAAACUAUACUAGGAUAUACCUUGGCAUCAGAAUUCCAGGUGAUUUUCUUCUUCGCAGCCUUGGUUUUCAUAAUCUGCCUUACCCUACAUCUGUGCAGUAUUCCUGAAGUUCCCCUCAGAUAUGAAAAAGAAGAGGCAAAGUUCUUGUUGGAAGUGACUGAACCCCAUAAAUACAACUCCAUACAGGAGGAAAUUAAGAAUGGUUAUUUAAAAUCAACCAAAAUAAAGGCUGCAACCAAGCCAGGGAACUGCGCAGUUGCUUCACGCAGAGAGGAAAAAAGGCAGAUGACCCUUAAGUCACUCUUGAAGACACUUUUAAGCAUGCCAUCCCACUAUCGCUGUCUGUGUUUGAGUCAUCUCUUUGGAUGGAUGGCUUUCCUGUCCAACAUGCUCUUCUUCACGGAUUUCAUGGGACAGGUUGUGUACCAUGGGAAUCCUUAUGCACCUCACAACUCCACACUUUACCUUACCUACAAAACUGGGGUAGAGAUGGGAUGCUGGGGACUGUGCAUCAAUGCAAUUUCUUCAUCAGUCUAUUCUUACUUGCAGAAAGUCCUUUUGCCAUACAUAGGAUUAAAGGGACUUUAUUUCAUUGGAUACCUACUUUUUGGACUAGGUACUGGAUUAAUUGGCUUGUUUCCCAAUGUCUAUUCCACUCUGGCUCUUUGUUCACUCUUUGGAGUCAUGUCCAGCACACUUUACACAGUUCCAUUCCACCUCAUUGCAGCGUACCACAGGGAAGAAGAGAGCCUGAAUGUGCAGGAAGGGGAAGAAACAAGGGAGCACAUGCGAGGGAAGGGCAUCGACUGUGCUGCUCUGACCUGCAUGGUCCAGCUGGCCCAAAUCAUUCUUGGUGUGGGCCUGGGGCUCCUGGUUAGUGUUGCUGGCAGUGCUGUCACCGUGAUUUCGGCAUCCACAGUGGCAUUGAUUGGCUGCUGCUUUGUGGCUCUCUGCAUUCGUUACGUGGACUAGGAAUGCAAGAAGCAGUUGGAAGAAAUCUCCCCAGGGGAGUGUUUUCUUUCUGGGUCAGCAGCACUGGUGCUGUUGCUGUGCUGACACUGCUGGCACAUCUUCCUCUCUUACCUCCUUGGAUCGGGAGCUUUAUGAAAUGGAGGCUUGAUAAUACUGGUUGCCAAUGCCUCAGACACACACAUGCUGAGACAUGUGAAGGUGUGUGUGGCCAUGGUAUUUUGAUGCUCUGCACCGGGAGUCAUUAUGAAACUCCUCAUUACCAAUUUGCGAAAGUUAAUGGAUGAAGAAUGUGAUAAAUUGAAGUAAUAGAAAAGGACAGAGUUAGGAAGAAAGCUUUUAUUUAUCUUGGUUUUCCAGUGUCUUAAGUUGGGGGCUGUUCUCUCCAGUAGUCAAAAGCUGCAGGAUAUUCAAACAGGUGUCAAAGGCCAUGCAGGGUACAGUUCUGUUAUUAGUAGUACUGCUAAACGGGAUCAGUUAAUUAUCAGCUGCUGUCAAAAGCAGAUUUGAGUGUGAAAAAUGAUUGGAAUAUAAAGAAGAUUGAAGCCUAUUGUUUAAAAGCAUUACUGUAAAGUAAUUAUUUUGUACUGUAUCCUGCUGCUUUUUUAUAAAUGAACUGAGAGUAUUGGCUGAGCUAGUCAGGAAAGUCUGCCUAGGGCUGCUUUGCAAAUCCAUAUGUAGGUACCUAAAAAAUAUGUCUACUAGAAACAGAUGCCAUUUCUUCCUUCUUUAAAAAGCAGCCUCUUAGUUCUGGUGCUGUAAUUGAAAAAAUAAACUUGGCCAAAGUAAGAAUUUGAUGGCUGGUUGACCACAUAAAUCUUGACUUUGGCUAUAACAGCAUUAACCUUAACGUAGUGUCUCUCUUUCCUCUGUUUUCCUUCGUGCUUUCACUGAAAUGGCAUUUGCACUCUACAGAAUAUUGUAAAUAAAUUCAGUUCUGCAAAGCACUAUUAGGAAUUAUUGUACAGUAAAUAUAUAAGCCCAGUUAUUUGUAUUUAAUUACAUAUGAAGCUUCACUCUUACUGCCAGAGUUUUGAAAACUUGUUUGUGAAAGCAAUAUACUGUAUUUAUACUGUGCUUCCUCUGUCCUGAAAACUGUCAUAUCCAUCCAGUAUGUUAUAUGUUAAGCCACAUGAAGCCAUCUGCUAAUGCAAUAUUGUUAAUGGACAUUGAGGGACUAUGGGCAACUAUGGUGUUUAUGGUUGUUUUUGUUCUUAAUGUUGCACAUGUAUCAUCAACAUUGUUCAGAGAAAUGCAGUGUUGAGCUUUUCAGCUCUUAGAAGCUCUGUAAGACAUGAACUGACAACUCCAAAAAUAAAUAGUUACAUUUGAGCAUCAAGUGCCUCUGCAGAGGCACUUCAUCCUUUUUCUAUGUUUUCAAGAGUAGAGUGAGUCACUUAUUCUCCAGAAAAGCAAUUUCCCCUUAGGUAAAUUCCUAUUAACUUUAACAAGCGUGUGGGAGCCUCAGGUACCUUGAUCACAUCUCCACUGUAGGCCCGAAAAGGGGCUCGGUGCAUGGCAAACCUCACUACAGUAUCCGCAUCCUGCCUUUUGAAGAAACCACGUUUUAUGGGGGUUUUUGGGUUUGUGGCCCUUCAUUUCAUACCACUAAAAGAGAAAACCUUGGAAGACAGAGCCCCUGGACUGUGUUUGAAACAGUUUGCAGGCACUAAGACAGCUGGAGGACGAGGGCCUCAACCAGGACAAACAGGAGGAAGCCAGAAAGAGAAGGAUUGAUUGUUGUCUUCCCAAUUAGCUUUAUGCCAUCAAUAACUCACUAAUCUCCUCCGUUUCUUCUGGGAGGACAAAUUUUCAAGGGAAGAGCAAGGCAUCUAUGGAGCCGUAAAAACAGACAAAGGAGGAGGUGAUCUGGUUUUAUAGGACUGCACCAUGUAAACCUGUGCACCAGGAGGUGAGACCUGAUUCCACUGUGAGGUCUGGUUCCACUGUGAGGCUGUGAAAGAAAUUUUGCAAUGUUUACCUGUGUCUUUGUCAAUAUUUUCUUUGAGGUUUACCACCAUUAGAACACUGACAUUUAAAUGGUCAAUGUAAUCCCUGCUCUGUUACACAAAGAGGAUGCUGGCAUUGAUUCAGGCCCACAAAGGGACUACAGAUCUGUGGCAAUGUGAGAAGGCUUCUGAAUCUGCAGAGUGAUGAGAGAAGAGCCCAGCAUGUAUAUCAGUGCUUUUAUUUACGGAUUUAUUCAGAGGAAAUUGUUUCAGGCGCUCAUAUUAUCAUUUCUCAUGAUCUUUCCCUUUAAAACUCACAGUGUGCUAC